CGAAUCCUGCCUGCAUCCCUGCUCGAUAUCACAUCAAAACACACAAGUUCCACGGCUAAACAAAGCCCAGUUCUAGAGAGCUUAUAAUUUGUCGUAGCUGAAACCAGAUGAACUUCACACUUUUCUUUGUAAUGUUGUUUGGUGGUGAUUGGUGUUACGGUAGAUUGCAAUCAUCUAAGCAUUUUUAUCGCUCGUGGUGGUGACAGGCCGCAGUGACGACCUCCAGGAGCCUACGCCGUCGAGUUUGUGACACCAUCGAGUGACCUCCCCGCCCGGUUUGGCAUCCCAUAAACCGGAAGAGAGCAAACAAAGCGGCUGGAAAUUACUGCAGUAACGUCGUUUGGCGCAGCAAUUUUUUCUCCGUCGUUUCAACCUCCGACCAGGGGUUCGAGCCGCUGAACUUUUAUCGCUGGACGCCUCUCCGGGAUUCGCUCUUGGACCGUUUCCAACAGGGAGAGCUUUAGACUCUUUCUCUCUCGGGUGUGCGAUUAAGCUCUCUCUCUCUGGAUCGUAACUGGUUUAUCACGUGGAGAAUUUUCCACGCGCGGCUGUUGUGUUGUGAAAGGAGAACGGGGUUUACCUCAUGAAUGAAUCAGACAUUGGACGCAGUGUAGACACACACGUGGGCCCAGGAGCCUAGCUGAGUUAACUGUGAGUUGUGAUUUGUGACGCCUUUUGGGAAGUGAGCACAGUGAAGUUCCGCGAAUCGUAGUGUGGUGGUACGUUACCAGAAUCGUAAUUAAAAAGAAUGCAAUAAAGUCCUACACGCCCCAAAUCGCAAAGAAAGAACCUCGAGACCGUCAUUCGCCAAGUGAAAAAUAAACAGAAGAGAAAAAAAACAUUUCAAAGGGAUAAACACAGUGAACAAAACAAUCAUACAUAAAGAAAAACGGAAAAUCAACAAAACAAGCAAAGAAAGACUCAUUCUCAUUUCGGAUCGUAGAAACCUUUGCCGUUGGAGCCACUGUCGUCUGCCUUGAGAAGCAGUGAGAAGUGCAGUCAGUGACGGGGGUGGAAAGUUUCAUUCCGAACAGAAGACAAAGAUUCGACGAGGACGCGACGACGCUCCCCCAAGAACAACGAACGCCAUGAAUCCGAACCACUCGGGUGCGUCACGGAGGCCGUACUCGCGCGGGGCGGCCCCCCGAAACCGGUCCCGGAUGCCGUUUUCGCCGCACCACCAUCUGCACCACUCCAACAACCGGAACAAUAACAACCACGGUGGUGGUGGCGGCGGCGGAGGUGGCCACAAUCAGUCCUGGUACAACAAGGACAUGGAGAACAGCUUCAACUACGGUGAUAAUACCGGGAGUAGUCCUAAGGAAUCCUUCACAUACUCACCAAAGUCCCCACCAAUGCAAUUACAUUCCCCUCCCAUUACCAAUCGUCCAAUCUUAAUGCCUUACGGUGCUGCUGAUGAUGGUAGUGUUAAUAAUAGAUCUCAACAAAUUCUUAGAGCUGGACCCAGCCAUAGCCAUAGCGAUCGCCGUAAUAAUAUGGGUAUGCAGGAUAGAAACCGGCAUACGAUGGGUGCAUCCGGUGUCGAUCGGCACAUGAACCAUUUCGAUGGACCUUCCAAUUCCUCUAGGGGUUCCGAUUUGCACUUUGACUCGCGUUCGGUGCUGUCGCUAGACUCGCUGAGAAACAGCCGCGAGAACAAUCGGGAACGCAUCAGUCCGCCGUACCAUCAGGGAAACAGUUCGCACUCGAACAACAACCACCAAACGCCGAGUCCGUCGUACGGCGGUUCAGAUCCAAACAACGGCAUGAAGUCGGACAGUCCCUCGCGGAAACGCCGUCGCGUGUCGCGAAUGCCCAGCCAGUCUCCGCCGGCCAUCUGGGAACACCGGAGAUCUCCUCGGAACAAUAACCACCACAACAACCACCACAACCACAUCCAGCAGCAGCAACAUCAACAGCAACAACAACAGCAACAGCUCCAACAACAACAGCAACAGCUCCAACAACAGCAGCAGCAACAGCUGCUGCACCACCCAAAUCAGCACAGCCAUCCACCGCAUCUGCUCCAGCAUCCGGGGCCGGGCCCGGUCCAGCUUCAGCAGAGCAGUCCACCGCUGCGUAGACCACGGUUCCGCGAGCAACCCCGGGCCUGGGAACCGAUGCCGCAAGUAUUCCAGCAACCGUCACCACCUCAACCGCAGCACCAGCAUCCCUCACUGAUGGUUGACAUCAACCAAGUUCCUGUAAGCCUUCCACUCGGACACCACGAGCAGCUGUGGACGUACUCGGCCGGGCCGCACAUCUCGAUCUGCUCGGGACACCCGGCCGCCCCACAUAUCCCGCCUUGCCAAGUUCAUGGUGUCUACUCGCAACCAUUUGCUCAAACAUGUAACAUCGGUGGACACUUUGGUGCGUUCGCGUCCACUCCGGCCGCCCUGGCCGUGCCACAUCCUCAGCCCCACCAACCGCACUACCAGCACCCACAUUUGGCCCAACAGCGACCGGAUGGGCUUGGCCUGGACGGACUGGACCAUGCUGGUGCCUCACCGCUGCACGUGUCCCCGCUGGCCGCGGCCCACAUUCACUCGUCGCCACAGAUGGCCCAGAUCUCGCCACCGCAGCCGAUCUACAUUUCGACCGAAGGUCGCACCAGUCAAUUCGAGCUGCUGCACAGAACGGCUCGACGCGCAAUAACCGCACCCCGGCGUAACUUUACCCGCUUCCACUGGCCAACCCCGCCCCCGUCGCACCCGCAUGCCCAUCCGGCCCACCGCCACCCGGGACUGCAGCACCAGCCGUUGGCACCGCAGCCGGCCCAGGUUUCACUGUCGGCCACACCGUCCGCCUACUCCGGCAUCCUGCUGAACUUCUUCCUCUUCAUGUCCAUGCCCCACAGAGCCAUGUUCCCGCUGUCGACGUACGGCCAGCCGGACCUCAAUUCGCCGGACUCGAACGAAACGGAAAACUACGAAGCCCUGCUCAGCCUGGCGGAACGCUUGGGCGAAGCGAAACCACGUGGCCUUGCGAGACCCGAGAUCGACCAGCUGCCGAGCUACAAGUUCAACGCGGAAACCCACACCGGGGACCAGACGUCCUGCGUUGUGUGCAUGUGCGAUUUUGAGGCACGCCAAGUUCUGCGAGUGCUGCCCUGUUCGCACGAGUUUCACGCCAAAUGCGUCGACAAGUGGCUUCGGUCAAAUCGCACCUGCCCCAUCUGCCGUGGAAACGCGUCGGAGUACUUUGAAAGCAGCGAGGAACAGUAAGUCGCCGCUUCCAAUCCAAUCCAAACCAACCCGUCAGGGGAGUUGCCACCAGCAGGAUGCUCCGAGUUGGAGGUCUUGCAGAGGAAAAUUGAAAACAGGAACACAUUAGAAUGAUGCCGUCGCUUCGUCGUACCACUCACACUGCAGAAUCAUCCCCCGGGGUAAAGAAAAACAAUGAAUUAUAUCACUCCAGAUUCCACACCCUGAACCUAUCAUUAGAAACGGGACAGCAAUUGGUAGGAUGGUAGGGGGAAGGAAGCUGCAUAUUUAGACAGAGAAACAACUAAUCUUACGUAUACGUUUACUUCGUUUUGGCGUACCCGUUUUUGGCUAUAUAUAUAUUAUAUAUAUGAAGUAUAUAUUUCAAGUGAGUUGACGCAUUUCUCAAAACUUGCUGGACUAAACAACAACAAAAACACAUUUAAUCGACAAAAAAAAACAUGCAUAAGUCAAUGGUCUACUGAGCAAAACGUUUUAGAGCACUCGUGUGUUUUACGAUAGAAUAUGUGUUAUAGUUUUUUAACAUGUAAGUUUAUUCUCAGUAACACACACACUCACAACAAUAACUGUUUUGGGAGCAUAUAGACUUGAACCAUCAAUACAUCGGAUAGACGUCGAAAGCGUUGUUUAGCAAAACAGAACAAAACAAAAAAAAAUGCACCAGCCUCGAAGACAUUCUCAAGUAGCAAUAAAGCAAUUUUAUACCCAGUGAAACCAAUAUUUUUAGAGCAAGAAGAAGAAGCAUGAACCAGAGACAUAGCGUUAAAGUGGUUCCCGCGCGAAGCACGUUUAUUCAUCUUUCCUUCCUUGUAAUAAGUUAUACAGAUUACAAAAAAUUCUAAAUUUUCUAUUUUGGGGCAACUAAUUAAUGUUACCAGUUUGUGACGCAGCGCAGCAAACGAACCGGUGUGUGGGGAGCGGAAACAUACAACGCAUAUGGUUAGCUUUAUUUUUGUACUCAAUCUACGUAUCAAAUAUUUAAGAAAAAUUAGCAGCAAAAAAUUGGUGUGGUUGAAGCGUCGUUGCAGUAGAUUUUCCCCGAAAAAUGUAGUGUUAUUUUUCCUUUCGCUGCUUUAAAAUUAACCGAAGUUUUUAUUUUUUUAUCGUUAAUUGCAUUAUAGUUUAAUGCAUUUAUCAUCAGAUUUUAUCAGAAUAACAAAUUUUGAAACUGUUUGUAGCAUCAAAGUUAUUUCAACAAUAUUUCUUCCUCAACAUUUUGUAUAUGCCAUAUUUAAAGGACAUAUACGUACAAAAUGUUUAGCUUUUCUUAGAAAACUAUGCCAUGUCUAUUGAGUCUAUGUAAUGUUUCUUUUACUGGUUUACGAUUACAGUUCUAUGGACAUAUCGGCAAAUGAAACUCGUAAAUGCUAUUUCCAAUGUAGCUUUGUGUUUUGAUGAUUUAAAACGUUUUGAAAAACACAAGAAAUCAAAAUAAAAGAUGAAACAAUGAAUCGUAACAUUGGUUCUUGAAAAUCUCCAUACAAUUUGGCCGCAGUGGCAAGUGCUUAGAAAUUGAAAUGGAAUCUAUAACUUGAAAACGAAUUUUCCGAUUGAUCUGGUGUUCACGUCAAAGUUGAUAUAGAUUGAUUGAGUUGAAUUGGACAUUUACAUGAAUAAAGAUCAAGUUGUGGAUGAGAAACAAUUUUAGCAUAUCGAUGCCUCUGGGCGCUUUUGUACUAAGCUUGCUGGUUUUCCUAUUUAGUUACGUGUAGUUUGUACACACUUUGUAAGGGUACUAGUAUAAAACGCCAAAACACGCAACUUCCGAUAGGAUAUCAUUAUUGCUCCAUCUGUCAAAAAAAAUUCAGUCCCUUUAAUAGCAUGCUUUGAUUUGAUUGUUCGUUCUAUGAUUCGAUACCUCCCGCUCUCCCAGAAUUUACUAAAAUUCUAAAAAUAUUUAUCCCAUUUGGAAAAUCCUACUAAAAGUUUGCAUUUUGCAGACCAAUUAUGAAACCUUAUUUUAAUAUUUGUCAACAUCGCUAUGCAAAGUCACUCACACAGUCAGAACAUGUUCGUUUGACAUUUAAACGAAAUUCCGAUCAUUCUCUCAACGAAUGCAUUCAAAUUUGCAAGCUGUCACAACGCAGCAACGCUCGUGCAAAAACAAGAGAGAGGUUGGGAGAGAAAGAAAGAGAAAGCAUGUGCCUUCGUGCCGGAUUCAACUUCGUGUGCGUUCUCUGAGGAUCGCUUCGGAAUGCCGAUCAUGAAAGGUCAAUUGUGUCAGCAUUCGUUGUCGAUAAUGCAUGGUGUCUGUUAGCACUGAAGAUAGAAUACUGAACACCAAAUUCGUUUGCAAUGUUAUUGUAUAAACUGCUGCCAAGUUGUAUGGAUAAAUUUUUGAUGCGGAAUUAAUUAUUUGAAUGACAAGAAAGUAAACAAAACGUUUCAACAAAUUCAAUUUCUCAAUUACUCAAAAUGCAAUAUUAUAUAAUUUUACUAAGUUUUUAAAUUCAAUUUAUAGAAAAUCUUGUUUGAAAUCCGUUUUUAAUUGUUCAUUUGUUUGUUGCUCCCUUAAAAAUAUGAUAGAAAUUUUCUUGUAGCUUCCUACACCAUUGGAUACGAUUUCAACCGUGGUGAUUACAUUUUUCUCCUAUAGCUUCGUUUUUCGGUUUUGCAUCGCAAUCUUGCACACACAUACAUCAACCCACUUUUAUAUACGUUGGUGUACCGCCUUGCUCCCUCUGAGGUGAGGUUUUUUGACCAAAAAUGUUCGUAUAAGAAGGUGUGCUGUUUCCCCUAAUGUGAUAACUUUGCUAAAACUUAAUAAUAAAUGUAAACGAAAUUUCGUGAUGUUUGAACACUAAGAGCGAGAAAGUAAGCAGAAAAAAAAGUAAUACUAACUGUAGUUUUGAACUAUACCUUCGGUCCAAUCUAAACUCUAGUAGCGUUUCUAUCUUAAAGCAAAAUCAAAAAAAACUCUCACACACACUAAACUAUCGGAUAAACACCAUUUGAGUUUUGUUCAGUGCUUUGCGAGCAAAAUCACAUCGCGCAUUGAUAAGUGUGGACAAUUUCUUCAAUUAAAAAAAAAAACGUAUAUAUUUAUAGAUAUUCUAUGUUUCAAUCCUAUCGAAUUGCAGCAAUCACUUCGCAAGUACAGUGUCGUAGUUAUCGCGCGUAGGUUUUGGAAUUUGGCGGGUUCAAUUUGCUGCCAGUUUCCGGCUACCGGAUGCAAACACGCAAAACAACACAAAAAUACAGACGAAAAUUAACGAAUCACAAUUGCAGAAGCAAAAGAAAAUAAUAACAAAGUAAAGUGUGCCAUUUUGUACUUUCAUAGUUACAGUAAAACAUUACCAAGCUCCGUAAAAUGUAUAAGCCAACCAGAGCAGAAGUAAAAAAUCUGGAAAAACGAAUCAAAACAAAUAUAAAAACAAGAAAAAUGUUUAUUGUUAUUUUAAUAACAGCGAAAUUAUCCGAGCAUUGUAGUAGUUCAGAUUAUUAACGCGUAACUCAAUAUAAAUGUGAAGUUGGUUUGUUUAGAUUUCUCGUAAGUGGUGAACUUUCAACAAAAAAAAAAAAAAUAAAUAUAAAAAUUAAGCAAAAAAAAAAAAGUAAUACAGGAACAUAGAUUUCGAAUGUCACAAAUCGAAUAUUUGCUUGCACUGGAUAUCAAGAGCAAGAGAGAGAAAGAAAGCGAGAGCUAACAACAAGAAGCGAUACAAAAUACCAGGUUUAAUAAAAAUUUGCAUUACCCUAAUACAAAACAAAGGAAUAGUUUCAUUACCAGGAUAAUCGAGGUCAGAGUCAUGUCUGACGUACUGUAGCAUGGAUAAAGUUUGGUUACCUUUAUUUAAAAAAAAAAAACUAGAUUUUGUUGUGUUAAUUUUAAUCUAAUCAGCACAGACCCUGCAUAGGGCGGUACAUAUCACAACUUUGAAAGACAUUUGUUUUAAGUUUGGUCGUCUUUGCCGGGUUCCGGAGUUGGUAGCAUCUGCAAUUUGAUGGUGCCAUUCCGGAAAAAAAACUAGCACGACGAUGUCUUACCUUAAGUUUUUAAAUGUAAAAUUAAUCAAAACUUUCCUCUAUUGCUAUAUAUUUUAAUAUCGAGAGUGAAUUACAGCUUGAAUUGUGAUAUGCGCUUUAUAAUAGUAGUUUUAAUGUGUUUUUUUACUGGUUUCGGUGAAUUUAACAUUUUAGUUUAAUUCGUUCCUAAAUUGCGGAAAGAGCUGGUGCAGAUUGAGCUUGCGCUCGACAAAACCAAAAUUGGCCUUAAAAAUAAAAAAUCCCAAACAGGGUAACGCACUAUCCCUUGUUUCAACCCUGCUUUGACAGUGCAAGCCACUGUCACAAGAUACGAUUGACUCCUCCAGCAAACGUCAAACCUUUCAAAUUUGCUGCGUGAUUUUUUUCCCGGAAAAAGAUCCCGCAGCAAGUUUGUACUGAUUUUGACGUGUGCUGGCGGAGUCGAAAAGUUGGGUUAUGCUUUUCGACUAACUUAGAUGUAAACAACCAGUUAAUCCCACUCACUAUUGACCUUUGCGAGCAGUGACUUAACCCCACAUUCGGCAGCUACAGCAAACGUCAAAUCAGUACAAACUUGUUUGACAUUUGCUGAGGGUGCCGAAAGGUGAGGUUAUGUCACUGCAUGCAACAACUACAGUAAAUGAGUGGGUGGGAUGAACUGCUUGUGGAAUCAAGAGGUGCCAGGGACCAAGCUCGAUCGGCCCAGCUGCGAUUUUGUACUGUUUACGUUUAAUUACCCCGCUUUUCCACCACAAAAAGAUCUCGACUCUGUUACGCAACAAUAUGUAUAGAGAGACAUUGAUUCGUUUUUUUGAUGUUUCAUUUAGAUAAGUUCAGCCACACAUAUCGUUUCUAAGGAAUUAGUUGUUAUAUUUGAUCGUUUUUUUAAACCUCUCGUAACUCUUAACAUUUGAAUGUUCUUAGCAAUGAUUUUCUAUUGUUUUAUUAUAAAUCACAACAUAGACUUAUUCCCCUUCUGCAUAUAUAAAGGCAAUACUAGACUUUAUGUAACAGUUUUUGUUAGUAUCUCAAAGGAAAGCAGUUUUUUAGUACACGUUUUCUGCAAAAAAUGCACGCCACUGAUUAUGUAAAAAUAAAGUAUCAAUCUCUGAUUUUCAAAGCCAUUCCAUUUACAGAGUAACUCUAAAAUCUAUCGCUUUUAACUGCUACUCGGCAGCUGCUUCAAAUCACCUGUUAUCGGAUUGUGAAAAUAAUUGAAAAAAAAAUCGAAUAAAACUAGUAGUGUGAUGGUUUCUUACAUAUAUUUCUUGCAUUUCGCUCCUGGAUGUGAUACCAAAAAGUACAUUGUAGACUAAUUAACACCUAUCACUCAGAAUAGAUAUACUUUCGCAAUAGAUAAGAGCUUGUUGAAACUUAUCCUCCAAGAGAACAACAACAAAAAAACAGUAAAAUAUAUAUAUUUUUACCUAUUGUGUGUAGCUGGUUUGCCUUGUUUAUUAAUACACAUUUUACUGUAAUCACCAAGAAAACCUACUGUUUGCCAUUGAUACAUGAGCUAAGUAAACCCCUUAAGUGUUGUUGUCACUGAUGUACAUACAUACAGUCCCAAGUGUUUUUAGCCCAAAUAGAAACUUUUCAUAUAAGCGAUCGUGGAAAAAAAACAAACAAACAAACAACAGAACUAAUAUAAGUAACACGAAAAAAAGACAAUUGAAUCGAACGACUAAUAAUGAAGGUGUGUGUAAAUAAGCUAGAAGUGAACGCAAUAAGACAUUUUAGAAACGAACAACAAAGUUUUACAUUAGAACAAUAGUGAAACGUCUAGAUCCAAAGUAACAAGCAAACAAAAGAAAGAAGUAACGACUAUUUUGGGUGUGCCUUUUUAUACAUUGUACAAUUUUGAAUGUGGCCACGUAACUGUAUUGAAUUGAUUAACCAUUAACAAUUAAACUUUGUACUAUUUCCUACUCUGUAUUACGCCGCAACGUCAGUUUUGUUUUCAUUCGAUUAUGAUUUGCCUAACCUUUUCUUGUACUGGAACUGCUGAUAUUUUGUUUUUUUCCCCUAUUCUUGAUAUUGCCCUUUUUCAUAUAAAAUUAUGCGCCACGAUGUUGAUGUGUUUUCUCCCUUUGCCCAUUUUCUUCAUUGAUUGCAGGCGUGACCAAGCAUAUUACGCAUAUUAUAUUGCAAAUUAUAUCUAUAGCAUAGAAAAAAAAGUAAACGAGUUCCGUUCUGUAACAAAACACACACGCAUGCAUGUGGUAAUAAUUUCCGUUCCGUCAAAGCGCAGAUCAGUUCGAAUUAAAACAAACCCAAUAAAACCAAACAAUAACAAAGAAUAAUCUAGUGGACAAACAAAAAAAACAAAACAGUAAUUUUUAUUAUAUUUUAACAGUAUCAGUAUAAUUAUACACAAUAAACGAUUAUUGUAAUAAAAUCAGCUUUUUGUACCUUUUCCUUAUA